CACUUCAGGGGGGCGGAGUCUGAGCUCCCUGACGGUAAAGACUCUGAUGACUCGUUAAUGGAGGACGAGGAUGAAAAUGACGCUUCAAAUGAUAGUCUGUCAGACUCUAACAGCAGUUUAGACACUGAUUCUGAUGAUGAUGGUAAAGAUGAAGAGAUGGACACAGAUUUAGAAAUGGACAGAACGCCGCUCAAACUCAACAAAUCCUCAGCGUCUGUGCUAGACUCCUCCCACAGCACUAUCCCCGCCCCUCUAAAUCUACAGGUUCAUAAAACACCUGCCACAACCACACCAACCACUGUGACCAGCUCUGGAAAUUCAGCCAAUCACAGCCCAGCUUUCUCAUCUUACAGUGUGGCCACACCCCCAGGGAAAAGAAGAAGAGUCACAGAUGAAUGUGCACUGCGGAAACCUCUAGAAUAUGGAUGGCAGAGAGAAACACGCAUCACAAACAUGUCUGGACGUUUACGGGGAGAAGUGGCGUAUUACGCUCCAUGCGGCAGAAAGAUCAGACAGUAUCCUGAUGUCAUCAAGUAUCUGACCAGAAACGGGAUAAGCGACAUUACACGUGAUCAUUUUAGCUUCAGUGCUAAAAUAAAGGUUGGUGACUUCUAUGAAGCCAGAGAUGGACCACAGGGAUUACAGUGGUGCUUACUAAAGGAGGAGGAAGUCGUACCUCGUAUCCUGGCCUUGGAAGGUCGACGGGGUCGUCUAAAGAAUGUUGAACCUCUGGGCAGUCCCGCCGCUGACCCCGCUCGCUCUCGCAGGAAAUGCAGAGCACCUGACGAGAGUGAAUCCGAUGCUCUCAGCACAUCCGAGGCCAAACUACUGCGCAAACUGGAGGCCCAGGAAAUCGCGCGACAGGCGGCUCAGAUGAAGCUAAUGCGUAAGCUGGAGAAACAGGCGCUGGCACGAGCAGCUAAAGAGGCCAGGAGACAGCAAGCAAUCAUGGCGGCAGAAGAGCGACGAAAACACAAGGAACAAAUGAAGAUUCUCAAACAGCAGGAGAAGUUCAAGAGAAUCCAGCAGGUCCGUAUGGAGAAGGAGCUCCGUGCACGGCAGAUUUUGGAGGCUAAAAGAAAAAAGAAAGAAGAGGCUGCUAAUGCCAAAAUCCUAGAAGCUGAAAAACGAAUAAAGGAGAAGGAGCUGCGCAGACAGCAGGCCAUCAUCCUGAAGCACCAGGAGCGGGAGAGACGUCGGCAGCAUGUGAUGUUGAUGAAGGCGGUGGAGGCCAGGAAGAAAGCUGAGGAGAAAGAGCGACUGAAACAGGAAAAAAGAGACGAGAAACGACUGAACAAGGAACGCAAAUUGGAGCUCAGACGGCUGGAGCUGGAGAUGGCCAAAGAGCUGAACAAACCCAAUGAAGACAUGUGUCUGUCCGACCACAAGCCUCUGCCGGUGCUGUCACGGAUAGCGGGUCUGCUGUUGCCGGGAGGAUGUUUCUCGGACUGUCUAAUGGUCAUGCAGUUCCUGCGCUGUUUUGGAAAGGUCUUGGGCUUUGACCUCAGCGCUGACGUCCCGUCACUCGGCGUGCUGCAGGCAGGGCUGCUGAAUGUAGGCGACAGCAUGGGCUUCAUCCAGGACCUGCUGGUGCACAUGCUGUCUGCUGCUGUGUGUGACCCAGGACUUCCUGCAGGACACAGGGCUAAGACGGCUCUGGGAGACCAUGUGACUAACGUCGGCCUGAACCGGGACAAUGUGUCCGAGGUGCUGCAGAUCUAUAUGGAAGCUCACUGUGGACAGACUAAUCUAGCGCCGCUGGCCGAGAGCUUGAAGACCAAAGCUUUCCAGGCCCACACGCCAUCUCAGAAAGCCUCCAUACUGGCCUUCCUGGUCAAUGAGCUGUCCUGCAGCAAGAGCGUGGUCAGUGAGAUCGACAAAAACAUCGACAGUAUGACCAACCUGCGACGAGACAAAUGGGUGAUCGAGGGAAACCUGCGGAAACUGAGAAGCAUCUAUGCUAAGAGGACGGGAAAGCGGGAGAGUGGUGUUGGAGGAGAGGAGGGUCAGUCAUCCUGUACUCCUGCGAACAGCCGUAAACGCAAGCGCAAAGGGGGGGAGAGUGAUGAAGAUGAUGAGGAAGAUGACGACAGCGAUGAGCAAGGAGAGGAGGAUGAGGAUGAAUACGAUUUUGGUGGGAAGAAAGGGAAGAAAGCCGAGGCGUGUGAAGAUGAGGAUGAAAGUGAUCAAAUCACAAGCAUUGAGGAGCUGGAGAGACAGAUUGAGAAACUCAGCAAGCAACAGACUCAGAUCCGUCGGAAGCUGUUCGAGGCCUCUCAUUCCCUACGAUCUGUGAUGUUCGGACAGGACCGGUAUAAACGGCGCUACUGGGUGCUGCCGCAGUGUGGCGGGAUCUUUGUGGAGGGACUGGAGAGCGGAGAGGGUCCAGAGGAGUUGCAGAGAGAGCGUGAUAGGAUAAAGAACGCUCAUCUCGUCCAGGUCAAAGAGGAGCCGACAGAGGAACCAGAUGUAAAAUACGGCACAGCUGAGGUGAAACAUAAACCUCCGCAGGAUGUAAAUUCUCUCAACCUCUUCCUGCAGAAACCGGACUCUUUCUCCAAGCUCAGCAAGCUGUUGGAAGUGGCCAAGAUGUCUUCUGAGGUCUCUUGUCAGCAAAACGGCAGCCCAAGACAGCAGAAGACAUUACCAAGAACGCCUAACCAAGAUGUUAAAUCUGAUCUCAAUGAUUCUUGUCUCCUCAACAACACCUACCUCACUAACGCCCAACAACAGAUCCGUAACGACCAGCUUUAUAAGGUUCUGACAGAGAGAAACGCUCACUGGUUCAGUCUGCUGCCUCGCUCUCCAUGUGACGUCUCGUCUCUGACUGAAGGUCCACAUUCAGCAUCAUCAUCCUCACCGCAAACCACAGCGGUCUCUGGUGGCCCUUACAGCGCUGCAGCGAUCAAUAACUUUUCAUUAGCUGCACUGCAGAUGAAGUCUGGUGUGCCCAUAAUGGAUCUGCCCUUUUGUGCUUGGUCCAAUGGAAAUUUAAGUCCAAACGUGAUGUUUUCUGGUGUUCCCGUGGCUCAGAUUCUCAGUGCUGUUCACCCUUCAUCAGAGGGCAAUGGAAACUUGAACAUCAGUAAGAGCGAUUCUCCAGAGUCUCCAGCUGAGAAACACCUCUCCACUCCUUCACCUGUCAUUGAGGUGCCUAAAAACCAGGAUUACCCAUUACCUCAACCUAUUCCUGAAGAGAUGUUGACUGGCUGGUGGAAAGUUACAGACAUGGAGGAGUUACGAUCCAUAGAGAAAGCGUGCCAUUCCCGAGGGAUCCGAGAGAAGCAGCUGCAGAAACAGCUGCAGAAACACAUGUAUUACAUCGGGCAGGUCUGCAGCAGGAACAGAGAUGUGACCGUGAUCGACGUCUCAGAACUGGAGGAGAAUCAGGUCUCUGAGGACACCGUCCAGAGCUGGUGUGUGGAAGAACAGGCCAUGGACAUAGACAUCGGUGUCCUGCAACAGGUGGAGGAACUGGAACACAAAGUCACCUCAGCCAGUCUGCAGGUUAAGGGCUGGAUGCAUCCAGCGGCGCAGUCACAGAGUGAAGACCUGCUGUAUUACGAGCACAAACCCAUUGUGGAGAACUGCAAAGACAGAAACGACCACGGCAUCGUACGCCGAGCGAACAACCCUCUGGAUAUAGCAGUGACGCGUCUGGCCGAGCUGGAGAGGAACAUUGAGCGAAGGUACCUGAAGAGCCCUUUAAGCAGCACCAUUCAGAUCAGGCUGGAUAACGUGGGAACGGUCUCAGUACCGGCCCCUGCGCCAUCACCUGCUAGAGCUGAUGGUGACGGGGCUGAGGAAGAUUUGGCUCCAGGUUUGAGGCAGUGGCGUAAAGCUCUCAGCGAGGUGCGCAGUGCCAGUCAGCUCUAUCUGUGUAUACAGCAGCUGCACAAGUCCAUCGCCUGGGAGAAAUCCAUCAUGAAAGUGUACUGUCAGAUCUGUUGUAAGGGAGAUAACGAGGAGCUCCUGCUGCUGUGUGAUGGAUGUGAUAGAGGCUGCCACACGUACUGCCAUAAACCCAAGAUCACCACCAUACCGGACGGAGACUGGUUCUGCCCGGCCUGCAUAUCUCAGGCGAGCAGUCAGUCCCUGAAAACCAAGAAACCCUUGAACCGCUCGAGUGGAGGCCUGAAGAAACCUGCUGAGGCCAAACGGCAGAGGAAACCAUCUGUGGCCGGAGACUCAGAGGACGAUUCGGGCAGUGCCAACAGCACUCCCAAAAAAGUGUCAAAGGAAAUCAAAAAGAGGAAGACAGAGGAGAAUCCUUCCGCUAACCCAGCAAAGCAGGAGAGUCCCACAUGUGUGAAGAAACCCAAAACAGCCAGAGAUGACAGUAAAGAUCUGGCCAUGUGCAGAAUACUCUUGGCUGAGUUGGAAAGCCAUCAGGACGCUGGGCCGUUUCUGACACCGGUCAACCCCAAAUCUGUCCCGGGAUACCGCAAGAUCAUCAAGAAACCCAUGGACUUCUCCACUAUCAGAGACAAACUCACCAACAGCCAGUACUUGAAUCUUGAGACUUUCAUCAUUGAUGUUAACCUGGUGUUCGACAACUGCGAGAAAUUCAACGAGGAUCAUUCAGAGAUCGGCCGAGCGGGACACACGAUGAGACGGUUUUUCCAGAGGAGAUGGACCGAGCUGCUGAGGCAGAGCUCCCUGAAAACGGCUCUCGGCACAUGAGAACCAGUUCAGACGUGAGACCAGCGUCAAACACCGAAUCACCUCAUCCACACCACAAAUCACGCCUGCUUUACUUUGGUUUGUUAAAGGACACGCUCAAACAAAUCAAGUACAGGAACAACUGUGAGAACAUGAACGUUUUCAGAAAUAUCCUGUAAAUAUGUUUGUUUGUUUUUUUGUUUUUUUUUUAAAUAAACGUUAAUAUUAUAGUGAA